UUAUUUCAGUUUCAACAUGCACGGCCAUAACAUUGCGUUCGAGUAAGUUUAUUAGCCUACAUGCAACUAUAACAAAGAGCAUCACUUGCGAAUUCAUAUUGCAAGUAUGCAUCACAGCAAACCCCUCUUAAUGUUUCUUCCUGGCAACUUAUUUUUUUAAGAGCGUAGAUAUACAGCGAGAAAAGGAUGGAAAGUUACUAGAGCAAAUCCACAAACAUCAGAAGCCCUGGUAAUGUUACUAAAAGGCGCGUUGGCGGUUAAGCAUGCGGAUGGCUUUCUCCAGCAAUCCAAAGUGUCAACAUAACCAACUGUGGUCCACUGCAAGCACGCGUUCAUCAAUGAAAAGCAUCGUUCACUCCUCGCCUUGAACAUUUGCACAUGUUGGCAUACAAUAUUCUAAGAGGUACAUGUCAAUUUCUGCCCUUGGUCACAUGACUGGCGCUCUCUGGAAUGGAUGGAGAUUGAUCUCCACGUCAGCUCACGUCUCAAAAUUUCUGCUCGGCGGAUCUGCUUCAAAGCCAGUGAAGCUGAAGCAGUUCUGUACUACGAUGCGAGGCAGUACUAUGGUUGUGGCUUGCCCAACCAAGUGUCAUGAUGGAUUUCGAUGAGCGGGUACCCGUUGGGUCUAACAUGUAUUUGCCCGGCUGUGCUUAUUACGUGUCUGGAACGGAAUUCUCCAGCCUUCCUGCUUUUCUGCCCCAGACCCCGUCUUCGUGCCCCAUGACCUACUCAUACUCCACGUCCAGUUUGCCACAAGUUCAGAGCGUUAGAGAGGUAUCUUUCAGGGACUAUGCCAUUGACACGUCCAGCAAGUGGCACUCCAGGGGCAAUCUACCACACUGCUACGCGACCGAGGACAUGGUGCACAGGGACUGCCUGUCCAAUCCCGGGACUUUGGGGGACAUGUUAUCGAAAAACAACUCGGUUCUUUACCACUCCAGCAGCCACGCGAGCCACACGUCCAACGUGUAUGGCAGCGUAGGGAGGAACGGAGUGCUUCCCCAAGCCUUCGACCAGUUUUUCGAGACCGCGUACGGGAACGUGGAAAAUCAGCCGAGCGAGCAGCCGGUGGACAGAGCAACCGGUAAAGCGCCCCCGCCCGCGGAAACAGCCAGCGACAGUUGUCGGGGAACGGAGGAGACGGAGCGCUGUGAAGAGACGAGCAGCCCGGAGCCAUCUUCCGGUAACAACGAGGAGAAAUUCAGCGGCAGCAGUAAUGGACAGAAGACACGGAAAAAGAGGUGUCCUUACACCAAAUAUCAGAUCAGAGAGCUGGAGAGAGAAUUUUUCUUCAGUGUUUACAUCAACAAGGAAAAAAGGCUACAGCUUUCCAGAAUGCUCAACCUCACCGACCGUCAGGUGAAAAUAUGGUUUCAAAACAGAAGAAUGAAAGAAAAAAAACUCAACAGAGACCGCCUGCAGUAUUACACCACGAACCCUUUGCUUUAGACCGUCUAUUGCUGAGAAAUCAUUUAGGAGAGAUGGUUAAUUUCAAGUUCGUGGAAACACAUUCCGGCUCCAGAGACGAGAUGUGUGUGACCUUCAUUCCUCUCAGAGACUUUUUCAUCGACAUAGACUUCAACUUAGAUUUAUAUUCUCAGUAAUCUCUACCGUUUGGAAUUAAAACUAGUAUUAUUAUUAUUGUUGUUGUUGUUGUACUGGUAUUGUCAUGUGUUAUUAUUAUUAUUCCAUUCUACUCAGUUAAAUAACUAUUCAGUUUACAGGGAUUAUUUUUAUUUUUAUUUUUUAU